CUAGAAAGGAAAGAAAAAGAAAAAAGACAAUCAAAAUCCCCAAAUCGAGCGAGUCCAAAGAAGAAAAUCCCCAAUUCGACGAACCUCUAACUAAGCCCAGAAAAAUCCCCCCCGAUUUGGGAAAAACCUGAAAACUGAUUCGCUUUUUAAUUACAUCUCAUCUUUCUUUCUGGGAAUUUUGUCAAACCCUGCUCUUUGAUUGAUCCUAAACUUUCUAAACUUGGCUUUGGUUUUUUUGAGUUCACACGUGCCGCAUCGGCUGUUCACCGACUUUGUUUCAUUGCGCACACACACUCGAUCAUCAAACCGGACAUUCAACUCUGUGCUAAUCAGGAGAUGAAAUUUGGAGACUUGUGGUGGAGGGGAAAGUUAUGCUGUGCUUGUUACUGUUAGUUACGAGAAGAACUAGGACAAGGCGACGAAGACUCAAGAUUUAAACCAAAUGAAUGUUCAGGCACACAUGUCGGGACAGCUAUCAGGUCAGGUUCCUAACCAAGGGACCAUGUCCCAGCAGAAUGGGAACCCUCAGAUGCAGAAUUUAGUUGGUGGUGGUUCAGCUCCUGCUCCUCCUGCUGGUUUAGGACCUUCACGUGUUUCUCCCGUUGACAGUGACAUCAUAAAACUUCGCCAGGCCAUGCGUAUCAGGAUUUUCAACAUUUUCCAGCAAAAGCAACCAUCUCCAGCUGAUGAUGCAUCAAAGGCAAAGUAUAUGGACGUUGCUAGACGCUUAGAGGAGGGGCUGUUUAAAAUUGCUAACUCAAAGGAAGAUUACAUGAACCAGUCAACCCUUGAGCCUCGGCUGACAAGUCUAAUCAAAGGCAGACAGUUGAAUAACUACAAUCAGCGACACACUAAUUCGUCUUCGGUUGGAACAAUGAUACCCACUCCAGGAUUACAACACAGUGGGGGGAAUCCAAAUUUGAUGAUUACAUCCUCCGUUGAUGCUUCUAUGGCUGGAAGUAGUAACAUCACAACUACUAACAUGAACACUGGAAACCUGCUACAUUCUGGUGUGUAUCUAAGUUUGUUGAUACUACUANUCCAGUCUGUGUCUAGAACUAGCUCUUCUUUGUCACAUCAACAGCAGCAGUUUCAGCAACAGCCUAAUCGGUUUCAGCAACAACCUAAUCAGUUUCACCAACAGCAGCAGCAGUUUCUUCAUCAACGGCAAUUAAAGCAGCAGAGCCAGCAGCAACAGAGAUUUAUAAGUCAUGAUGCUUUUGGGCAAAAUCGUGUGGCUUCUGACAUGGUUACACACGUUAAACACGAACCAGGAAUUGAGAACCCUAGCGAGUCUAUCCACUCCCAAACUCCUGAGCAAUUCCAGCUUUCUCAGUUUCAGAAUCAAUACCAGAACAAUGCAGAAGACCGUCAUGCCGGUUCUCAGAUUCUCCCCGUUACAAGUCAGAGUGAUAUGAGCACAUCAGUUCCUCAAAAUAGCCAACAGAUACAGCAAAUGUUGCAUCCGCAGAGUAUGGCUUCAGACUCUAUUAACGGUUUUAGCAACCUCUCUGUUGGAGUGAAAUCAGAAUCUGGGCUGCGUGGUCAGUGGCAAUCUCAGUCACACGAACAGACACAAAUGUCCAAUAGUAUGUUAAACGAACGGCACAUUCAGGAGGACUUUCGUCAAAGAAUGUCAGGAACGGAUGAAGCUCAGCCCAAUAAUAUGUCUGGAGGGUCGAUUAUAGGUCAAAACCAUAUCUCCACUACGUCAGAAUCCCCUAAUCCCCAAAAUCCCACUGCUACCACUUGUAGAUAUGGAAACGGAAACCAAGAUCCGAGAUUCAGAAAUCAACAGAAAUGGCUACUGUUUUUACGCCAUGCUCGCAACUGCAAAGCGCCUGAAGGGAAGUGUCCUGAUCGGAAUUGUGUUACGGUUCAGAAGCUCUGGAAACAUAUGGACAGUUGUGCUGCCACUCAAUGUUCAUAUCCCCGUUGCCGCCCCACCAAGACAUUGAUUAAUCACCAUCGAAAUUGUAAGGACUCUAACUGCCCUGUCUGUAUUCCUGUGAAGGCCUACCUACAGCAACAAGCAAAUGCACGGUCCCUUGCUCGUUUAAAAAAUGAAACUGAUGCAGCCAGGCCAGUGAAUGGAGGUGAAAUAUCAAAUGAUGCAGUGCAGACCUCUGCUGGAGCAAUAUCUUGUGCUUCGCCUGGUGCUGAUAUUUCAGAUCAUUUGCAACCUUCAUUAAAACGGUUGAAGGUGGAGCAGUCUUCUCAACCUGUGGACGUUGAGACAGAAAGUUGUAAAAGCUCAGUUGUUUCCGUAACAGAAGCACAAUCAUCUCAGUAUGUUGAAAGGAAAGAUCAUAGGCACAGUGAUGUACGCGCAUCUUCAAAGUACUUUGAAGUGAAAGCUGAGGUUUCUGAAGUUUCAGCGCAGACACGAACCAGUUUCAAAGAGGAGAAAAUUGGAAUUACUCAAAAUAUUCCCAAGCAAAGGCCUGUCAGUGAACCUGUUAAACCUGAUUUGUCUGAUACCUCACCUCGGCUAGAGAAUACAAAAAUGGAGAAAGAACCUGAGCUACUUAAGAAAGAAAAUCUGCCAGAGCCUACUGAACAUACAUCAAAAUCUGGAAAACCAGAGAUAAAGGGUGUUUCGUUAACUGAAUUGUUCACUCCUGAACAAGUCAGAGAACAUAUUCGUGGUCUCCGUCAGUGGGUUGGCCAGAGUAAAGCCAAAGCAGAAAAAAACCAGGCAAUGGAGCAUUCAAUGAGUGAGAAUUCCUGCCAACUAUGUGCAGUGGAGAAGCUUACCUUUGAGCCACCACCUAUCUAUUGUACCCCUUGUGGUGCCCGCAUCAAGAGAAAUGCUAUGUAUUACACUGUAGGAGCUGGUGACACUCGUCAUUACUUUUGUAUUCCAUGUUAUAAUGAAUCCCGUGGGGAUACUAUACUUGCUGAAGGGACGCCUAUACCUAAGGCAAGACUCGAGAAAAAGAAAAAUGAUGAAGAGACUGAAGAAUGGUGGGUCCAAUGUGAUAAAUGUGAGGCCUGGCAACAUCAGAUAUGUGCUUUAUUUAAUGGGAGAAGGAAUGACGGAGGGCAGGCUGAGUAUACCUGUCCAUAUUGCUUUAUAGCAGAAGUGGAGCAAAGUAAGAGGAAGCCUUUACCUCAGAGUGCUGUUCUUGGAGCUAAAGACCUACCGCGAACAAUUCUCAGUGACCAUAUAGAGCAGCGGUUGUUUAAGAGGCUGAAGCAGGAAAGAACAGAUAGAGCCAGGGCUCAAGGAAAAAGUUUUGAUGAGAUUCCUACUGCCGAGUCCCUUGUGAUUCGAGUUGUUUCAUCUGUUGACAAGAAGCUGGAAGUCAAACCUCGAUUUCUUGAAAUUUUUCGGGAGGAUAAUUACCCAACAGAAUUUGCGUACAAGUCCAAGGUAGUUCUGUUGUUCCAAAAGAUUGAAGGUGUGGAAGUAUGCUUAUUUGGGAUGUACGUCCAAGAAUUUGGUUCUGAAUGCGCUUUUCCUAAUCAACGCCGAGUUUAUCUCUCGUAUUUGGAUUCUGUCAAGUACUUCAGACCGGAGGUCAGAUCUUAUAAUGGGGAGGCUCUGCGUACUUUUGUUUACCACGAAAUUCUGAUCGGGUACCUAGAAUACUGCAAGUUGCGUGGUUUCACGAGCUGCUACAUAUGGGCUUGUCCGCCGCUAAAGGGCGAAGAUUAUAUCUUGUAUUGUCAUCCAGAAAUUCAGAAGACGCCAAAAUCUGAUAAACUACGAGAGUGGUACCUAGCAAUGUUGAGAAAAGCUUCAAAGGAAGGGAUUGUUGCAGAGACUAUAAAUCUCUAUGACCAUUUUUUUAUGCAAACUGGUGAAUGUAAAGCUAAGGUUACAGCAGCCAGACUCCCGUAUUUCGAUGGUGACUACUGGCCAGGUGCAGCAGAGGAUCUUAUAUACCAAAUGAGUCAAGAAGAAGAUGGCAGAAAGGGAAAUAAGAAAGGGAUGCUCAAGAAAACCAUUACCAAAAGGGCGCUAAAAGCUUCUGGGCAGACUGAUCUUUCUGGGAAUGCGUCCAAGGAUCUGCUGCUAAUGCAUAAACUCGGUGAGACCAUUCACCCAAUGAAGGAAGACUUUAUCAUGGUCCACUUGCAGCCUUCUUGCACUCAUUGCUGUAUGCUGAUGGUAUCAGGAAAUCGUUGGGUCUGCAGCCAGUGCAAACACUUCCAGAUUUGUGAUAAGUGUUAUGAGGCUGAGCAGAGACGUGAAGACAGGGAAAGGCAUCCUGUUAAUUUUAAGGAUAAGCAUGCGUUGUAUCCUGUCGAAAUUACAGAUAUUCCUUCAGAUACGCGGGACAAAGAUGAGAUACUCGAAAGCGAGUUUUUCGACACUAGGCAAGCAUUUCUGAGUCUUUGUCAAGGUAACCAUUACCAGUAUGAUACAUUAAGGCGGGCAAAACAUUCGUCGAUGAUGGUUCUUUACCAUCUACAUAACCCAACCGCUCCUGCGUUUGUCACGACCUGCAAUGCUUGUCAUCUUGACAUUGAAACUGGUCAAGGCUGGCGCUGUGAAGUAUGUCCAGACUACGAUGUGUGCAAUUCUUGUUACAGUAGAGAUGGUGGAGUUAAUCAUCCUCACAAGUUGACUAAUCAUCCAUCUUUAGCUGAUCAAAAUGCUCAAAACAAAGAAGCGAGGCAAUUGCGAGUCUUGCAGCUUAGGAAAAUGCUUGAUCUUCUGGUACAUGCAUCACAAUGUCGUUCGCCACAAUGUCAAUAUCCUAAUUGCCGGAAAGUGAAGGGGCUAUUCCGACAUGGUAUACAGUGCAAAGUACGUGCUUCGGGAGGUUGUGUUCUAUGCAAGAAAAUGUGGUAUCUCCUUCAACUCCACGCUCGGGCCUGCAAGGAAUCAGAGUGCCAUGUACCUCGUUGCAGGGACCUGAAGGAGCAUCUGAGAAGAUUACAGCAGCAAUCAGAUUCACGGCGUAGAGCAGCUGUAAUGGAAAUGAUGAGACAAAGAGCUGCAGAAGUCGCUGGGGGAUCAGGUUAAUCAAAACUUGUACAUGUAGAAAGAUCAUAAUCAACGUUGCAGAAACCUUCACCCUUUUCCCAAAGGUAACAACAAGAAAGAUAUAGAGCCGAAAAUCUUCAUACGCCUCGUGGAAGAAGAAAAAGGAGAAGAGCCACUUAGAGAGAGACUUGAUUGUGAAAUUAGCUUAGAUUUUGGUAUUUAACAGUCAACUGUCAGGGAUUAACAUGGGAGCGUAAAACCUAGAACGCGUCUUUCAGAAGAUUUAUCAGUUAGUUUGGGUGUCAAAGAGGCAGAAGGAGAGAAGAAGAAGAGGAAAGCCAGUCUUCUUCAUAAGAGUGUUGAGUAUAAGGUAUGAGGUGGCUUGGUUGGAUGAUCUUCUGAUUCUAUACAUACACACGCACACACACUUGCUCACUUUUUUUUGUUUGUUUUGGUAAUUUAUUGUAUUUUUGUAAAAUUGCCAUUUCUGAUUUGGGAAUGGCAAGAGUGUAACAUAUACAGUACGUUAACGUGUUUAUUUUUUGUAAGCAAAGUAAGAUAAGAUAGAGAGUCUUGUCCUUAGAUUAUAUCUUCCACUCCCUUGUUUUUUAGUUAUUUGUAUUGAUGAUGAUGAAACUGUUGUAUUCACACUAUUUGAUCAUAUAAUAAUUUAGUUCUUUCA